AAAGGACGAAAAUAAUAUAUAAAAGGACUUUUUCUAGAACCAACAGUGGAAAACAACCUGAACAUGCUGAAACAGUUAGCCCUUACCGUUGGACUGGUCUGGUGCUUGGUGUCAUUGGUACAGGCCGAACCGCAAACUGUUGAAGAAUGUGAGAAAAAUAUUCCCGCUUCGUUGAAGAAUCGCGUUUGCGAGCUGCGCCAGUACAAAACGGAUGCCAGCCCGGACAUGGACAAGCAUAUGCAGUGCGUACUGCGGGUGACCGGUUUCGUCGAUGAAGCUGGAGAAGUUGAGUUCCAAGAGCUGCGCGGUUUGCUGGAAAUCGUUCAACCGGGCGGUAAGCACGUGGAAAACAUUAAAAAGUGCGUCGCGGAAUCGUCAAAGGUGGGCGCCAGUAAGAAGGCCAACACGUUCUACACAUGCUUCCUGCAAACGGACUCGGAAUCGGGCUUUAAGCAAGCGGUUGACUACUCAGAGUUGGUUCGCGCUGGGAAGCUAAAGGCUAACACACCGUACAACCGCGCCCAAGUCACCAAGCUGAUCAAGGAAAUCGAUGACGGUCUGUGUUCGUAGUGAUCUCGUAGUGCUUGAAAACCGCCGAUCUGAUUUGCGACAGUAAAAUUUAAAUGGAUACUAAAUAACAAUAAACACACCCAUUAUCUC